AUGAAUAGACAAUAAUAGGAAGCUGCUUAAAUUUGUAUGAUUAGAUAAUUAAGACUUAGUAUUAAAACGAGUUCGAGAUGCUUUAUAAGCAAGAGGAGCAAAGACUAUAAGAUAAUUAGGUAUCAAUUUCAGAUGUCUUGAUUCUUAUGAUGGAAAUAGAAAAUUAGACAAAAAUGAGUUGAAAGUUGGUCUAGCUGAGAAUGGAGUUUAAUUGUCUUGGAAUGAAGUUGAAGUAAUAUUAUUUAUAAAUUGUAGAUACUAUUUGCAGCUAUGGAUAGAGAUAGAAGUGGACAUAUAGAUUUUGAUGAANUUAUGAUAGUUGAGAAUUAGAAAAUAAUAAAAGCUUAUAGAAAUCCAUUGGUAUACCCAACAGGUAUUGAGAAUGCUACUAUAUGA